GAGUUUCUCUCGGGCCGUACGUGGGGAAUGGAGGGUAAUCCGGGGUAAUCCCCGGCCAGGAGACAUUUGGGGGCCCCGGACUUGGAUCAGAGGUACCGGCCGCGCGGUUUCCGCCUCCCGUCAUCAUGCCUCGCAAGAUUGAGGAAAUCAAGGACUUCCUGCUUACAGCUCGGCGAAAGGACGCCAAAUCUGUCAAGAUCAAGAAAAAUAAGGAUAAUGUGAAGUUUAAAGUUCGAUGCAGCAGAUACCUUUACACCCUGGUCAUCACAGACAAAGAGAAGGCUGAGAAGCUGAAGCAGUCCCUGCCCCCAGGUCUGGCAGUAAAGGAACUGAAAUGAAACAGGCACGCUGAAUUGAACUGUAUUAAAAUUUUUAAAAAUUCA